CUGUCUUUUGGGAUGUCUCAAUGAAGUGACAAGUUUGAUUGCAGCCUUCUGUCAACCUGUUGCUCAGGUACUGCUUGUGAUUGUGCCAGUAUUUCUUGCUGAGAAUGGAGAGCACAGCACAAAAGAACCAAGAGUUUCCAGUUUUCCUGCUAUCUGUCCGAAUAAUAAAAGCCACUAAUAUCAUUUCUAGAGAUUCAUUGUCUGCAUCUGAUUGUUACGUGACCUUGAGUCUGCCAACAGCAUCACAAGAGCAAUUCAGAACCCAAACCAUCAAAAACUCUGAGGCUCCAGUCUGGAAUGAGACUUUCUACUAUAGAAUUCAACCUGCGAUCAAGAAUAUCUUAAGGUUGGAAGUGUGUGAUGAUGAUCCAUUCUCCAAAGAUGAUUCAAUAUUUAUUGUUUAUUUUGACUUAACAAGACUCCAGCCUGGAGAUACAGUCCUUGAAUUGUUCUGUUUAAGACCAGAAGAGUUGCGGUUCAAAGCCCUGGGAAUCCAGGUAACCGGCACCCAUCAAGCACCCAUGCCCUCCCAGACCAAUUUCCAGAGGGUAUGCGAGGAAUUCUCUGACACUUUCAACGGCAGCCUGGAUACCUACACGGGAGAACCAGUGAACCUACAACUAGACCCCAAUGUGCAGCCUAUUAGGUUGAAGGCGCGGCAGGUGUCCCUGGUGUUAAAGCCCAAGAUAGAGGAGGAGUUGGACCACCUUGUGGCUCAAGGGAAAGAAGACUCUGUUUAUCAGCAUGAAUGUCUGGAAGUGGAAUUCAAAUUGGCAGCAAUUCCAGGACCUACUGAGUACCUGAUUUCAAAUGCGGUCCUGGUGGCCCGUGAACUUUCUGUCUUGGAAGUGAAGAUAGACAAGGUUGAGAAUGAGAAGUUUUUGAAAGCCAGGAAAACUGUGGUACUUACAGUACCAGAGUCUUAUGAAGGAACACAGAAGACAACCACAAGUUUACAUUGUUUCCGAUUCCACUGCAUAAAGAGCUGGGGACCUGUAUUAAAAGCCAAGCUUCAGGGCAUUGAAUGUACAGGGGGCCACGAUUCCAAUUACACUUUAAUUAUACCCUUGAAUUGUUUCCCUGUGGGACAGCAAGUCAAAGUACCCCUACCAACAGAGAAGGGUGGGGCUUUGGAAUUGCACCUCCAGGUAAUUUGCUGGACUCAGAAUCUUGAUGUGCGUUUGGGAUAUGAAUUAUGUGCUGAGGAGCAGGAUUUCCUGUGCAAAAGGAAGAAGGUGGUUGCAGAUGCCUUGAGUAAGCUUUUUUACUUGAGAAGAAAUCUCCUUGAGCAUGAGGUCCCUGUGGUAGCUGUUAUGGCAACAGGAGGUGGAGUCAGAGCGAUGGUAGCAUUGUAUGGCCAUCUUUUAGCACUCCAGAAGUUAAGGAUUUUGGAUUGUGUUACCUAUAUCACAGCUGCUUCUGGAUCAACAUGGACCUUAACAGACUUGUAUCAACAUCCUGACUGGUCGCAUAGAUCUUUAGAACAGGCUAUCAAAAUAGCUAAGAACAAGAUCUUGAGGAGCAAAUGGGAUGUUAUUUCCAUCGACAAACUGAAAUAUUAUCACAAGCAGUUGACUGAGCGUGUUGAGAAGGGGCACCUCAUAUCUUUUGCAGCUCUCUGGGGCCUUGUUCAAGCGGCUUUCUUAAAUGAUAAACCAAACUUCAACAAACUUACAGAACAACGCCAGGCUUUGAACGAAGGACAGAACCCUUUGCCUAUCUACACAGCCAUAAAUGUCAAAGACAAAGACAUCAGCACCUUUGAAUUCAGAGAAUGGAUAGAGUUCAAUCCUUAUGAAGUGGGGUUUCAGAAAUAUGGUGCCUACAUUCGUGCAGAAGAUUUUGAUAGUCAGUUCUACAUGGGAAAGCUGGUAAAGAGGUUCCCAGAGUCCCCGAUUUGUUAUCUAGAAGGUAUCUGGACUAAUAUUUUCUCACGGAAUUUACUGGAUGGUUUGUAUUGGUCCUCAUCUCCAGAAGAAUUUUGGGAUCGAUGGGUCAGAGACAUGGCUGAAAAAGAUGCAGAAAAUAGCAUAGAAGAUGGAUACACAACUGUCUAUAAGCCUCCCUGCUCUAGCUCUGGGAAACUCUGUGAAAUCUUUAAUGAUAUUUUAACUGAUCGUCCUUUAAAAGGGGCCAGUCACAACUUCCUGGAAGGUCUUGAAUUUAAUAAUGACUACUUGUACCAGAACAAAUUUAUUGAAUGGAAAGAUACUGUGCUUGAUGGCUUCCCAGGCAAGCUGACGCCAGUGGAGAAAUCCCUCUGCUUAAUAGAUGUAGGGUAUUUUGUCAACAACAGUGGGCCACCACUUCUCAAACCAGAAAGGGAUGUUGAUGUCAUCAUUGCAAUGGAUUAUGAUUGUUACAAUAUCUUUCAGCAAACAGAGAUGAUUGCAAAAUACUGUGAAGUGCAAAGAAUACCUUUCCCCAAAAUUAACCUGACUGAAGAAGACAGGAAGAAUCCCAAAGAGUGCUAUGUGUUCUCAGAUGAAGACCCCAAAGCUCCAGUAGUGGUUUAUUUUCCAUUGGUAAACGCUACCUUCAAAAAAUACAAGGCACCAGGAGUGAAACGCACGUCUGAAGAUAUGUGUGGAGGUGAAGUAAAUAUAAGCAAGGAUGACUCACCUUAUGCAACAAAACAUGUAACUUACAAUGCAGAAGACUUUGACAAACUACUAAACUUAGCUACUUAUAAUGUCCUCUGUAGCAAAGAGGUGAUUUUACAGAGCAUCAAGAAGGCAAUUCUGAAGAGGCAAAAUGUUUGGCUUGAUAGGUCAGUCUAGAGAGUGACUGUCUUUUGGGUUGAGAUCAUGCUAAGGA